AUGCCACACGUUUCUGAGAUUUCCGGCGACUUCAAGACUAGAUUUGGGUACCAAGAACAUUGCCGUCCAUCGGAGUCUAUGCAGCCAUCGGUCAGGGGUACGCCAGAUCUUUUGAAAUCAGUACUCAAAGAAACUCCUUUCAAUUCAUCGGCCGUUUCAAGCUUCAGAGAUAGAGGGGAUUAUUCAUCUGUUACGGUUAAUCUAAACGAUAGUUUUGAGUUCCGAGAAGAUCCUUCCUUUUGGAAAGACCACAAUGUUCAGGUCAUCAUAAGGGUACGCCCUCUUAGCAAUUCUGAGAUAGCUGUUCAGGGACCAAGUAGAUGUGUUAAGCAGGGCAGUAGUCAGUCAAUUACAUGGACUGGGCCCCCAGAAGCACGCUUUACCUUUGACCAUGUUGCUGAUGAACAUGUUAGCCAGGAGAUGCUAUUCAAAGUUGCUGGAGUACCCAUGGUAGAAAACUGCAUGGGAGGCUACAACAGCUGCAUGUUCGCUUAUGGCCAAACUGGUAGUGGAAAGACCCACACGAUGCUUGGGGACAUAGAUGGGGGUUCUCGAAGGCAUAGUGUUAAUUCAGGGAUGACACCCAGGGUCUUUGAGUAUCUGUUUACACGGAUUCAGAAGGAUAGGGAGGCUCGGAGAGAAGAAAAAAUACAAUAUACCUGUAAAUGCUCGUUUUUGGAGAUAUACAACGAGCAAAUACUUGACCUGUUAGAUCCAUCAUCUACCAAUUUACAGAUAAGAGAGGACACUAAGAAAGGGGUAUAUGUCGAUAAUCUCACUGAGAUUGAGGUUAUAAGCGCUAGAGACGUGAUUCAACAACUUAUUCAGGGUGCAGCAAACAGAAAGGUUGCCUCCACAAACAUGAAUCGUGCCAGCAGUCGCUCUCAUAGUGUGUUUACAUGCAUAAUAGAAAGUAAAUGGGUCUCUCAAGGUGUGACACAUCAUCGGUUUGCCCGUCUUAAUCUUGUGGAUUUGGCAGGCUCUGAAAGGCAGAAAAGUUCUGGUGCUGAAGGAGAACGUCUAAAAGAAGCCACCAAUAUAAAUAAAUCUCUUUCAACUUUAGGACUUGUUAUCAUGAACCUUGUCAAUGUAUCAAAUGGGAAAUCUCUUCAUGUUCCAUAUCGGGAUUCAAAGCUCACAUUUUUACUUCAGGAUUCUCUGGGAGGGAAUUCAAAAACUACAAUAAUUGCUAAUAUUAGUCCAUCUAGUUGCUGUUCAUUGGAGACAUUGAGUACACUGAAGUUCGCUCAACGUGCAAAAUUCAUCAAAAAUCAUGCUACCAUAAACGAAGAUGCUUCUGGAGAUGUUCUUGCUAUGAGGAUGCAGAUUCAACAACUGAAGAAAGAAGUAUCUCGUUUGCAAAAUGUGAUUAAUGGGGGAACUGAGAAUCAUGACGAUGAUGCUUGGACUGUCUCUUUUCCUGGAUCUCCAGGAUCUUUCAAGUGGGAAGGGAUUCAUGGAUCAUUUAGCCCAGUUUCUGGUGUUAAACGAAUGUCACAGAAAAAGGAGUAUGAAGUAGCACUUGUUGGUGCUUUUAGGAGGGAAAAGGAUAAAGACAUCACCUUGCAGGCAUUAACAGCUGAAAGUCAGGCUGCCAUGCAAUUGGCAAAACAAAGGGAGGAUGAGAUACAGGGCCUGAAAAUGAGAUUAAGAUUCCGUGAGGCUGCAAUAAAAAGGCUGGAGGGAGUCGCCUCUGGUAAGAUCUCUGCCGAGACACACUUGCUAAAAGAGAAGGAAGAACAUUUGAAGGAGCUAGAAGUCCUACGCUCCCAGGUUGAUAGGAACCAGGAAGUGACGAGAUUUGCCAUGGAAAAUUUGCGACUAAAAGAAGAGAUCAGAAGAUUAAAAUCCUUUUUUGAAGAAGGGGAGAAACAACAAAUGGAUGAACAGAUGAGAAUACUCGAGGAUAAGUUGCUGGAAGCUCUAGAGUGGAAACUCAUGAACGAGUUAGAGGCUUCACAUGUGAAGGAAAAAAGUUUCGACUUGUUGAUGGAUAGUCAGAGAGAUGGUGACCUUUUUAGCCUUAAGGACCCUAUAACCCCAUGCCGCACCGAGAAAACUCAAUUUGAGUUCCCUUUAAUAACCACACCCAAUGUUGCUUUAAGUGACCAAAGAGAGCUACAAACCAUGGUUGACGCUAUUGCAGCUGCAAGUCAAAGAGAAGCAGAAGCUCAUGAAACUGCAAUUAUAUUGUCUAAAGAAAAUGAUGAUCUGAGAUUAAAGCUCAAGAUGUUACUUGAUGACAACAAUAAACUGAUUGAACUUUAUGACCGGGCAGUUGCAGACAGUCAACAGAACAUUCUCAGAGCUGAAGAGAGUAAAAAGGACCAUGUUGACUAUAAUGAGUUUGCUCAAAAGGAACUUGAAAUGAAAAGGGAAAAUGAGAACUUAGAGCAUCAGCUCGCUGAAAUGCAUGAAGAGAACGAUAAAUUACUAGGAUUAUAUGAGAAGGCAAUGCAAGAGAGAGAUGAGUUGAAAAGACUUGUUUGUUCAAGUGAGCAGAAAAGCCGAGAUGGAGCUAAUUGUGUGGAGAAGCUGGUUGAGGUGGAUGGAGGGGAUGAAGUCCAGUUGGACGAUUCUGCUCAUGCCUUACUUGGUGGAAGUCAUUUAGUAGAAGUUCCUGUGCAGGAUGAACACAGUAGGUGCUCCAGUCCAAUAAUACGUGAAUAUCUUGAGUCAAACGAACCUUCCACCAGUUCAAUGGAGGUAGAGAUUGUUGAAAAGUUCAGUUCCUGUGAUGAACCAAAGAUGCAGGAUAGAUUUGUUGACACGAUAAAUAUUCUACGUGAAAAGUUGGAUAAAGCGCAAGAACUGCUUUCAAAAUCUUCUGAAAAUGUCACUUUAUUUAGUUCACUUGAAAGAGAGAUUAUCGAUAUUGAUAGGCUUUCAAGGGAAAUACAAGCAUUAGAAGGUGUGGUUCAGAUGAAACGGAAAGAGUAUGAUUCAUCAAAUCUUGUUAUCUGUGAUCUAAAAGAACGAGAAAAUAUGUUCGACAGAAAGCUAACAGCAGUGCGAUACUCCAUGGCCAACUUCUCUUCAUCUCUUGGUUACUUUGAACAACGUGAAGCUCAGGCCAAGGUCAGGACACAUUCGGCAUCGUCUCAUUUGAAGUUAAAGAAAAUGGAAUUUGCCCGACUUCAGGCUAGCAAGGCCGAGACUGAACGUGCUCAGAUGAAAAUUAAAGAAUCUGAAGUGGAAUUGAAGAACAACAUGGCAUCACUGAAGCAAAAAAUCGAGGAAGAGAAGAAGAAGCGUGAAAAGGACACAGUUCUCCUUGCUAUUGAUAAUGUCGAAAACUCAGAGGUGCAUAGAAACUGGCAACUAGGUGGUAAAGCAACCGAAUUGCUCAAAUCUGAAGAAGAAAAAACAAAGCUACAACUUCAAAUGAACCAUGAUAGAGAAAAGCUCGAAAUUGUCAGAGAAGAAGGUGAAAAACUGAGCAGAAAGUUAGAGGAAGUGGAUCAAGAAAUGCAGGUGGCUGAAAUGGAGAUACAAAAGUGCACAAAGUCUAUGGAGGAGAUGGAAAACAAGCUGCAAAGCAUUGUUCAUGAGAGAAAGGUGGUUUCGGACAUGAAAGAAACUGGAAGGAAUGAAUUCGAGAAUAUGUUGAUUGAAUUUGUGCAAAAUGUGUUUGAAAGGGAGUUGAAAGAGGAAGAGACAAGGAUUUUGAGAGAAGAAAUGGAUAUGGAGAUGAAAAGAGAAGAGGGGUUGAAAGAAGAAAGGAGUAGGAAUAUGCAGAAAAUGAGUCAUAUGGUGGAAGAGACAACAAGAGGGAUGUUAUCAGAGAAGUUGGUUCAAGAUCUUGAAAGCAUUUGUUCAUCGUUUAUGGAGCUAAGUUCAGUGGUUGAGGAUCUGCAAUCAAAUUCCAUGGCCAUUAUUAACUAACACCAUCUGGUAAAACAUGAAUUCUAUUGGAGUUGCAUCAUGUAAUUUUACUUUUAACGUCUUCACGGUGUGAUUAUAUAUAGAGUUGAAUUCUGGUGAGAACUUAUUGUUAGACCUUGAAAACUUUUCACAAUUGUUGAUCGAAUUUUCAACUAUUUCAUCCAACAACGUAGAUCGUACAUCCUCUGUUUGUAAAAGAAGGGGGCAAUUUGGUUUGUUGGUCAU